GGGUCACCUGUAAUUUUUCAUCAUGCUAGUGUGGGCUUUGAAAACUAUCAUCAAAACCUCCGGCAAUGAAAGUUUAAGGCUGUCUAGGAAUGCCGCUCAUUCACUGUUUCUGGACCUAAGUCCUCUCCGAAUACACGUGUGUGGAAGAAGCUUCUAAAUUUAGUAACUCUCCAAUCUGAGUGGGCUGUGUAGCAUUCUGACUUUUGCUCUUCCGUCUGUUUAGUGUGUGUUGAAAAGAGGACGAUCAGAAAAUCUAUAGACUGCACUCUAAAGACUGGACCGAGUCGGUGGAUAUUCUCAGUGCUGGGUACCCGCCGUAUAAGUACACACAUACCCAUGUGGUUCCAUAAACUGUAUACCUAGCUGACUGGCUAGCUAACCUUCGAGUUACUUACGUAUGUUUAUAAACACAAUUUAAAUUGUGGAGUUGUACUUUGGAAACAUUUUACACAUUACGUAAUCUCACCUAUGACCAUGCUUACGGAAUAAUAUAAUAUUGUGUAGUGCUUCAUAAGUGGGUCUCGGACGUUUCUCCUAAUCGUAUUGUUUUUCACAAGAUCUGCCUUCCAGUAUAACCGUGUCACCAUGAAUCUAGAGAUGUUCAAUCAAAUCGCCUCAAUUACCGACCACCUGUACUUAAGCAGUGCAGCGGCGGUCAAACCGGACAGGAUCCGAGCAGUGGGAAUCACUCACAUCAUCAACUGUACGUUAGAUAUCCCUAACCUCCACCUGCCUACUAUAGAAUGCAUCCAGAUACACGUGGAGGACGCGGCGCACGCGCGCCUCUCUAUCUAUUUCGAUAGGUGUGCGGACAAAAUUCACCAAGUCCAUAAUCGUGGCGGAAGGACAUUAGUGCAUUGUGUAGCAGGCGUGAGUCGGUCGGCUAGUCUAUGCAUUGCAUACCUCAUGAAAUAUCAUAGGUUAAAGUUGGUGGAUGCAUAUAAUCACGUGAAGGCUCGGCGUCCAGUGAUUCGUCCAAAUGCAGGAUUCUGGACUCAGUUGAUUGACUUUGAACAUAGGCUGUUCGGAAGAAACUCUGUAAGAAUGAUACAGACUAGCUUCGGGUGGAUUCCUGACGUGUACAAAGAGGAGACCAAGCAUAUGGUUAGAUUUCCAUCCCGUCGUUACUAAGCUCGUCGCCCUGGUUAUAUUCAUUGACCAAAUGAACUAUUUUAGUUUUUGUUUUAUUUUGUUGUGUUAUAUUAAGUUAUAGGUUUAUGUAGUCGGUUGAAAUGAAAACCUUCUGAGGACGAGUGAAAUAUUUAUAGUACAUUCUGGUUUAUAAGGAAGACAAUAUAAAGCAAUCCUUGAAUCUUCGUUUUAUUAUCACAUGAUUUACAAUAAUGAGGCAUGCACGUUGUACAAAACCACUGAUAUGUCUAGAAUUUCCUUUUCAAAUUCAUCAUUAAUUACCAAAAUGAUGUGGAAACUUAUUUUUCUUAUUCAUAUCUUUCCUUAAACAAAAUUUCCGAAGUUAAACAUAAAUGUUAUAGAUAUUUGUUUCCUUAAUUAAUUAAGAAAAAGCGAUGUCUUACAUUAAAUUGGUAAAAAAUGUUAUGUUAAAAUAAGAAAGGAAAUUGUUUUAAUUGACCAUGUAAACCGGCUUAUCGUGAUGUUUUUUAUAAUAAAGUGAAGAUUAUAUUUUAACAAGAUAAUACUUUUGAUACUAAAAUAUCUAUUUUGUUACACAUUGGUUUUGUCCUGAUAUAGUUCCAUCACAAGUCUUUUUUAUUACAAUGAUCUUAUACUUGUAUAUAUACAUCGUAUUUUCCAAUUCAGUAGACGACUUGUAGGGACAAUUGGUCCUUUUGUUGCUUACCUGACGGGUAUCCUAUUGUUAAUUUGACGAUAUGAAGGAUAGAACAUCAGGCUAAAUAAGAUUAUCUUUCUCUAAUAUACAGGACGCGGCACGCUAUGUUUUAUCGUCGUUUCCUUUUAGUUCAAAGGUCAAGUUCGAAUACAAAAUCAUCGCGGACAAUAAAUGUUGCUAUGGCGAUGCCAACUAAAUUUUAUUUUCUUUGAAAUUAUUUCGUUUUCUAUACUUGUGAUGUGAACGUAGAAUGCAUUCGUGGGCCCUUUACAGAUGUGAAAAUUAGUAAACAUUUUUUAAGGAUAAGCUUUUUGUAUAUGGAGGUAGGUUUCUUAAUAAGCCUAUGUCACACUAUCAUAUCAUAUACCCUUAAAGCUAAACAUCCCAUUACUAGUAUACCUCAGUGUUUUGGUUGCUCAUUAAUUUGACUGCAAAUAUAUCAAUUGUACUUUCGACAUUUUAACAUAAAUUAUCGGCAUAUAUUUUAUUUCAUUAUUGAAGUGAGCUGAUUCCAGUAUUCCGGUAUUGAUGAAGAAAACAGUUUUAAACAGUCAUUGUUGUAAUUGUUGUGCAUGCUCCUUCUUAAUGAAAUCUUGCUUUUCCUCUUCUUUUUUAUGCUAAAUAAGAGCUGUAUUCUAACAUAAAUAAGUGCUGUAUUCUAACAUAAAAAAAGUGCUGUAUUCUAACAUAAAUAAAUGCUGUAUUCUAACAUAAAUAAGAGCUGUAUUCUAACAUAAAAAAGUGCUGUAUUCUAACAUAAAUAAAUGCUGUAUUCUAACAUAAAUAAGUGCUGUAUUCUAACAUAAAUAAGAGCUGUAUUCUAACAUAAAUAAGAGCUGUAUUCUAACAUAAAUAAGUGCUGUAUUCGAA